UAACUUAAUACCCGUACAAUUUUAAGCAAUAUAUUCAAUUAUCUAACGCCGCAAAACGCUCGUUAACAAAAUACUAAUUGAAUUUCGUUUACAUUACUAUCCUAUUCCGAUUGUGGCUCCAUCGACAUACAAGUUACGGAGUAGGAGUAUAAAAAAAGUUUGGUCAAAAAAUGAGUGGAGUUGCAGGCAAUUAAUAAGUCGAGGCGCACCAUACAGAACCAUCAGAAAGAGGAGAGAGAAAAAUCUGACAAACUUGCUGUGUUUUGUGGUGUGUGGACCAACCAAUAUCCCUCUUUUUCUUCAAUCUUCAUCACACCUUUAAUUCCAACCUCUUCUCCCCAAAAAUCAACACUUUUCUUUCUUCUCCUCUUUUUCUUUCUUUCUUUCUUCUAAUCUCACCUCAUUUUAUACCUAUUAGCUUAGCUAAUCACAUGAUUAGACCAUAAUUAAUUAACCCAUCUUGAAUUAUUUUUUUUUUUUUGAAACUUUCUUAUUGGUGCAGGCAGAUUCUAAGCAAGCAAGCAAAGCUCUUGGUCCCAUCAACAAAUAUGUCUGACUUUAGGUUUGUUUUCUUAGCCUAAAGUAUAUAAACAACCCAAAAUCGUAAAGGUACGUGGUACAUAUGAUAUAAGGUCGUCAACAUUGUUAGCAACAACACAUUAUUACCCUUUAUAACUCUCUAUACACGCAGAUAAAAGAGCAAUAAAAAGAGAGUCCGGAUUCGGAUCGGGUUCGAGUUUGGUUUCGUGUUUGGGGAGAAAGUAUAGUAUAGUGGUGGGAGCAAUAAUUAGGAAAUUGGACCAUUUUGCAGGCCGUGGGGAAGAAGAACAUGCUACUGUCGGUUGUUCUGUACUAAACCCUCUUCUUGUACUAGUGCUCCCUCCACCCCCUUAUUAUUCUUCCUUACAAUCACAUCUUGUCUUACUAUUUUUACUAAAUUUAAACAUUUUUAGGGGUCUUUCAUUAUUUUUUUGAUGAAAAUUAACAUCUUCUUAAUUAUAUUUUCAUGUUAAUAAUCUUCUUUGGUGUCAAUUGAUCAACCCAUCAAAUCCUACUCCUAACCCAUUAAGAUAGGGCAUAUUAUCAUAUAUGGGUUAGUGGAUUGAGCACCUACCCAUGUCAAAAUCAUAUUUUGUAUCCUUAUUUAUGUUGCAUAUUCAAUUACUGUAUAUACUCCAUAAAUAGAUUUCUCCAUUAAAUCUUCCCUUAAUAUUGUUGUUUGUCCUAAGUAUGAAUUUUGAUUAACCCUUAAUCUUUUCAUUUUAGAAAUUAUAAUUUAGGCACAUUUUUUUUUUAAAAAGUGUCAAUUUUGUAUUGGAUUUGAUUUUGAAUGGAGGUUAAGAAACCAAAUAAAGAGAUUCCAUUUCAUUCCAAUUCUUUCAUCCACAAUAAUCUUAAAAAACCUCCAAAUCCUACCCUAGAUCUCUCUCAUCUAGACAAAUACAAAGAUCCGAGCCCAAGCCCGGACUCAAACAGCCCGAAAGCGGAGAUGAUCCGCUAUCGGGAGUGUCAGAGAAAUCAUGCGGCUCAUUUAGGGAGCCACGUGGUAGAUGGGUGUGGUGAGUUUAUGCCUUCGGGCGAGGAGGGUUCCCUCCUCGCCUUGAAGUGUGCAGCCUGCGACUGUCAUCGCAAUUUCCACAGACAAGAAGUGGAAGGCGAGACAACAACAGCAGCAACAGCUACUGCUACAGCAGCAACAAUUUUACCAGUGGCACCUGCUGUGCCACCUUCUGCUAUGACUACAACAAACUGUUACAUUUCAUUCAGCAAAUACCACAAAAAUAACAAUAAUCUUCUGUCAGUACGCCCAAAUUCUGAUACUACUACUUCUCCUGCUGUUUACUAUCAGCAAGGAAAACACUUCUCCCACCCCCAAGCGCCCGUAAUGAUGGCGUUCGGGGGCGGGGGAGUAGCAGCUGAAUCCUCAAGCGAUGACCUCAACGCUGGGAAUUUCGAUUACAGAGGGCAGUUCGUAGAACAAUACGGAGUAUCAAAGAAGCGAUUUCGUACAAAGUUCAGUCAAGAACAAAAGGAUAAGAUGAUGGAAUUUGCGGAGAAAAUCGGGUGGAAGAUGCAGAAACAAGAUGAUGUACAAGUGCAGCGUUUUUGCCAUGAAGUGGGUGUUAAAAGGCAAGUUUUCAAGGUUUGGAUGCACAAUAACAAGCAAGCUAUGAAAAAGAAACAAGCUUGAUAGUAAUAUAUCAUGGAUGUAGUGUUUUUUUUUAAUUUUUUUUUUAUAGAAGAAUGAAUAGAUUAUUUGUGAAUAAUUAAGUUCGAUUAGUGUAUUUUUUAGGAUUAUAGAAUAUAGUAAUUAAAUGAGUAUAUCCAUCCCUAUUAUCUAAUUUUUAUUAUUUUUUUGCAUUAGAUGAUGGAUUUAUAUUAUUUUUGAGUUUCCAUAUUUCAAAGGAAGUUAAUUAAGGUGAAUUUGGCAACCAGAUUUCUGCACAUUUCUCCUCCCAAAAUUCUAUUACUGUUAUGAGUAAUUGAGUACCUUACUAUUGGCAAAAUGGCAAAGCAUGGUUAUCAACAUUAAUCAAGAAUCAAAAGCUGGACAAAAGAUAGAUCAUUUUGGCUUCGUUCUCUAAGUGACCGACAUACGCUGCUAAUCAUCAAAGGACUGGCUAUCUAGUGAAGUACAUUGUGUACGGAAAUUUGAUGAAUCAUAGUUAGGAGAACAACGAGAUAAAAGUUGUGUUAAAGUG